AUGACGAGCGACGUCACGGUGGUGCUGCCCAAGAUGGGCUCAUCUCCUGUCAGCAUGUCCUUUGUCGACACGGCCCGUCCCGACACCAGCAGCAGCAGCAGCCAACCGCGGGUCAUGUUCAAGAAGCACAAAGUGCUGCCGCAUCCGAGGAGGGACGACUGCUACUUUCCUCGCGCCCGCUCGCCGUACUCGUCACAUGCGUACGAGCUCUCGGGCGAGCUGCCUUUGCGGGCGUCGCCGAGCGUAUACCGCCCCCAACAUCCGCGACGCGUUUCGAGCGGCCCAGCGCCGCCGCCGACGCCGCCAGUGCACUCGCGGACCUCCUCGGCCAGCCAGGUCCUCGAUGUCCCUCAUCAGGGCGGCGCGCCUCUGUUGCGUAGUGCGGAGAAGAUUGACCUAACGUCUCCCGCGACCCCUCUUAACAACAGCCAGCAGACGCUGCCGACCCCCAAUCUCACUCCCGACCGUGCGCCUCCAGGUAGGGCCGCGCACUCGAGCCAGCCUCGUCCGGCGGCCAUAGAUCGGAUGCUGUCGAAGGCGACGACCGAGGAGUCGUUUGCGACGGCCCUCGAGAACCAUUCCUUCACGGAGGACGAUGCUCUGCGGCCUAUUCUGAUGUCGACGCAGACGUCGCAAAGUACCGUUCGGCAGGUCGGGGAAAGUGAAGAGUCUCGUGGUGCUGGCCUGGGCGUGGGCGAGUCGAGUUCCGAUGGAAAAAGAACGCCCAAGGCAGCACUGGGCACCAGCGAGACCAGCGAUGGCGGGGUUGAUGUGGCAGGCAGCAGCAGCAACGAGAGCUUGGACCGACAGUUAAGCGUCUCAAGGAAUGUUAGUGUGAGAAAACGGCGACCAACACCCUCGACUACCGGAGCAAACCAGGAAGGCACCGAAGACGCUGGUAAGGCCGCCAACGCGACAAAUCCUGCCCGCUCUAUGCCGUUGCAGGAGAGCCCCGUCUCUUCCUCGCGCAGAGUCGUGUCCGACCCGGCCAGCAGGAUUACUGCGUCGGAAACGUCCAGCAGCACCGAUCACAGGCGCUCGUCCGUCAUGUCGAGUCGCUCGACUGCGUCCACGGUCGUUGAGGCCAUCCUCAUCGAGCCGAAUGUCCCUCAGCGCAGGAGGACGCUGCGCCACGUGAAGAAGCACAGCACGCUGCGCGAUUCUGGGUCUGAUUCGCCUUCUGAGGGACCAAAGACCGAGAGUAGUCGGUCGGUUCACACCAAGUGGAGCGAUACUGAGAGGGAUAGUCGGACAUCGACAACCACGACGACUACUGAAGAGUCGCGAGUUUCGUCUCAUGUUGCUAGUAAACUGGGGCCUGCAAGGGAUUCUCAAGUAUCGGCAACCACAUCGGCAGCGACAACGACAACCGAGGAAUCGCAGCCCCAGUCGCUUCACUCAAGCAAGCCCGGUAGUCCUGCCAAGGUUAGCCAAACCUCGACCACGACCGACGAAUCAAGAGCUCGCGCUCCGGCCAAGCUGAGCGACUCUGGAUGGGACAGUCAGCUCUCGACGACCGCGCAAGAGUCGCACAGGCGAUCACUGCGCUCGAUCGGGCGGGGGGAUUCUCUUCGAAAUAGUCAGUUGACGACAACCAGCGAAGAGUCGCGUGGACGACCGCUUCACCAGCUACGUGAUUCUCAGCUCUCAACCGCCACUACGAGCUCUCUCGCCAGCCACAAGGCUCGCCGCGAAGUAUGGAACAGCGGUGGUGUCCCGGUCGUCGUGAUCCCCGAGCGCCGCUCAUCUGUCGGCUCGACCAGCCAAGGGUGGUCCGAAAGCAGUGACGGUUCCCGGACCACAGCGAGCUCGCGUCCCCGUCGGCGCACUCGGGCCUACUCCGAGUCGGACGGAUCCCGCCCUGGAGACGAGCGCACCAUGGACUAUCCACCCGUGAUCCCUAAGCGGUCGUCGUCGCUCUCUGCCCCGACCAGCCGCAACCCGUCGAGGGCGAACUCCAUGACUGCCGAGAGCGUCAAGGCUCAGAACCUGUUCCAGGUGCAGCAGGCGCAUCGUGCCCUGCAGGAGGCUAGCCGGGAGCUGGAUAGGCUCUACAGCCGCCCGCUGCCUUCUACAAGCGGGGCUGCUCGUAAGGAGGCACAGCCAGCUAAGGAAGUCCCGCGCAAGGACAAGGGCAAGGCCGUGCAGAUUGACGAGCAGGAUGCGCGUAGCACCAAUGGCUACGUUCUCGAAACCCGUCUGGAGGACCCAUUCCUUGACGACAAGCAUCUAGCCGUGCAGAACACGCCGUUUUCGGUCGUGUCUGUGGAUACCACGGGGUCCUGUCAAGCGGAGGUGACCGAAGCCAUGGCUGUCAACAUCUAUCCGCAUCAGAGCAAGUCGAUUGUGCUUGUCGACAACUCGGCUAGGCCUUCUGAGGCAAAGCAGGAGGUAGAUGAUGACUUCUUGCCCAUGACGCCUCCCCGGCAGUUCUCUGUCAACGACGUCGACUCGCCUCUCUGCAAUCCCCGGGCGCCGCCCAAGCCCCCGGCCCUCAACCUCAUACCCGCCACGCCCUCCGGCAUGACGACCACCACAGAGCGGGAGCGCCAGAUCGGCAACUUCUACGAAAUAACCGCCGACAAGCCGAAGCGCGGUCUUUCGCUUCUCAAGAAAACCCUCGGCACUCGUGGUCGCCGCAGCAAGUCGGACUCGGGCCCGAGUCUUCUCGCUCGAGCCUUCUCCCUUCGCGGCCGCAAGCACGAUUCCUGGGUAGACGACGAGAAGCCCCCGCACAUCAGGCGGCGCGCAACCGCCGACGAUGUCCAAGACGAGACUCGUCUGCACCCGCACUGGAGGCCGACCUAUGUCGAGGAUUACGAGGACGAGUACGAGGACGAGUACGAGGACGAAGAGGAUUACUACCCAGCCGACGAGCGCCCCUCCCACACCCACCGCCCCCGCAACCCUCCUACCCGGAACCGCAGCCUGAGCAAGAAGCUCAAGAAGACUUUUGCCAUCCUUCCCAUCCGCGACGAUGACAAGGACGAGGUUGAUUCCUACGUUAGUGAGUCGCACGAGGACGGCGAGGAGGCUUACGUCGACCGCCGCACGAUCCGUCGCACGCCCUCGGGCAAUCUCCGCGUCAUCCGCUACCGCAGCAGCCUGGAGAAGCAGGAUGAUUUGACGGCACCGCUGCCCCAACAGGAUGAGCCUGCUAUUGCGCUUGGGGUGCUUCCGCGUCCGUAUACGGCUCCGGGAGCGCCGCUGCAGCAGGCCCAGCGUGCUGGGGAGAGUGUCUCGUCGAAGUUGUGGCGGUCGUUGAGUCUGAGCGCGGGUUCGGGGAGGGCGAGGUCUAGGUCGCGGACAGGCAGGCAGGAGAGGGAGUUUAACAACAGAGUUGGAGUUGGAGUUGGCAACGGCAAUGGGUAUGGUGCUGUCGAGAAUGGCAAUGGCAGCGGCGGGUUGCUGCCUUCGUUGGGGGAUAGGAUUAACUUGUCGCGACGGCUGAGUGAGAGGAGGCGGGAGAAAAGGUCAGAGGAGCUGAGGAAGAUGAUUAGCGGGCCGAAGGAUGUUAGAGAUGGAGUUAAGGAGGUGAUUCGGUCGGGGAGUAGCAGGAGGUUGGAGGUGCAGUCGCAGCAGCAGCAGCUUCUAGAGCAGCCUCCUCCCCAACCUCAUCAACCCCGGAAACCGCUUCAGCAGCCCACCCAACGACCUCAACAACAAGCGCAAUAUGCUCACCGGAGUGAGGACCGAGUUGUCGCGCAACGUCAGGUCGAGCACCGUCAAGCCGAAUAUCAUCAGGAGCAGCCGCUUCCGAAUCCAGAGCAGGCAUGGCAGCAGCGAAAACAAGAGUACCAGCGCGCAAGGUUGGCAAGGAAUCAUGGUUCUCUUCGUCGGUAG